UACCUAUAGGCGGUGAAACGGACAUGAGUGAGACAACAGCCAAGCGACAGAAAUUUCAAUUGCAGAGCGGCGUGAGCGUCGUGCUUGGAGCUCAAUGGGGCGAUGAAGGAAAGGGGAAACUGGUGGAUAUCCUCGCUGCUGAAGCAGAUGUCGUGUGCAGAUGUCAGGGUGGCAAUAAUGCAGGGCACACUGUAGUAGCCAAUGACAUCUCUUACGACUUUCAUCUCUUACCAAGUGGUAUUAUACAUCAAGACUGCAAAUCAGUUAUUGGCAACGGUGUUGUUGUACACUUGCCUGGUUUAUUUGAAGAAGCCAAGAAAUGUGAGAAGAAAGGUAUUACGAAAUGGCAGGAUAGACUUCUCAUUUCAGAUCGUGCUCAUUUAGUGUUUGAUCUGCAUCAGGCAGUUGAUGGUCUUAUAGAACAGGAAAAAGGCAGUAAGAGUUUAGGAACAACAAAGAAGGGAAUUGGACCAACGUAUGCCUCCAAGGCAUCAAGGAGCAAUCUAAGAAUGUGUGAUCUACUGGGCAAUUAUGAGGAGUUUAGUGUCAGAUUCAAACAUAUGGCAGAUGGCUAUCAAAGACGAUUUUCUAAUUUGAAUGUGGAUUGUGAAGAAGAAUUGGAGAGAUACAAAUCGUUGGCUGAUGCUGUACGUCCAAUGGUGGGAGACACUGUUUACUAUCUGAACACUGCAAUUAGCUCUUGCAAGAAGAUUGUCGUCGAAGGUGCAAAUGCCACUAUGCUAGACAUUGAUUUUGGAACAUAUCCGUAUGUGACUUCAUCAAAUUGCACUGUGGGUGGCGUAUGCACUGGACUUGGUCUUCCUCCCAAAGCAAUUGAUCGAGUUUAUGGAGUUGUGAAAGCUUAUACUACACGUGUGGGGAUUGGCUCAUUCCCAACUGAACAAGUCAACGAGGUUGGUGACAAGCUUCAACGGAUUGGACGUGAAGUAGGAGUAACAACCGGACGGAAACGUCGAUGUGGUUGGCUAGAUCUUGUUGUAGUGAAGUAUUCUCAUAUGAUCAACAAUUACACAAGUCUUGCUGUGAUGAAGGUUGAUAUUCUGGAUACAUUUGACGAAGUAAAAGUAGCAGUUGGCUACAAGCUUGCUGGAAAAGUACUGCCAUCGUUUCCUGCUGAUCAACAUAUUCUCAAAGAUGUGGAAGUUGAUUAUGUGACAAUGCCAGGAUGGAAACAGAGCACUGAACAAUGCAGAACAUUUGAGGAGCUUCCAGUCAAUGCACAAGCUUAUUUGAAAAAGAUCGAAAGCAUCACAGGAGUACCAGUUCAAUUUGUUGGAGUUGGUCCUAGUCGUGAACAGAUAAUUCAAAUUUUUUGAGGAUUUAAAGUUUGGAACGCUUUGAACCAUGGAGGACUUUGAAUCUCAAUUGGAGAGUUCAUGUUUGUUUAAUUAAUCGGACUUAACUGUCAUUUGGCACUAUAUCGAUGUAUUUUUUGCCAAUGAGUUAGACUAUCUAGCCAUACAUAUUUACCAAAUGCUGGUUUAUUUUAGACGUGAUUUCAAGAAUUUUAGUGGCCAAUCUAGGAUCAUUUGUAGUACGUCUGUUAAUGAAUUACAGGUAGAGGGAUUAUGAGA